AUUUAAAAGUUUAAAGCAUGGCAAUGGCAUAUAUCCCGCACGAAGUUGACAUGCAAUUGUGAAAGCCUUAAAGCAUGAUCAAAAUGAAACCUUUGCCAUUUAGCAUUAAUGAUGCCAAAGGAACAGAACCAGAAACGAAAGAGAGGGAGUUGGAUUCGGCUCGAGGAAAAAGCUUCUCUCUAUCUAUCUCUUUCUCUUUCCUCUAUUUCUCAAAAGUCUUGCUUUCGACCCUAGCAAUCACGAGAUACCCUUGAAAUCUCUGCUUUGAAUUCAUCUUUCUGCUGCCAAACCACCUAAUCUCCUCAUCCUGUUACAAAGAAGCCGUGAAAAUUUGCACUCUCUCUUUUCUCUGCAAUAUCUGCAUUUCCAUGAAUCUGCUCGUCAUUGCAACCCUUUUUCCAUGAAACCAUGAAAUCCCACAAUCGCUUUCUCUACUUGUUAUUCGUCUAUAUGCAUCUCAUUGCGCUUCCAUGAAAUUCUCUUUGCUACCGUCUCUGUUCUCAACCACAAAAUCUGUGAAAUGGAAACCUGUAGUUUGGUUCCUUGUCUCUCUUAUCUGUUUCAAAGACUUGGAGGAUUCUCUUUGAUCUUAUCAAUUCUCUCUUUUUCAUUCUUCUACCAAACCCAUGUUUUUGAAUCAGUUCAUGCAGUUCCUAAAAUCAAUUCACACAUUCAGAAGGAAAAUACCUUUUGAUUGUUUGUCUUGGCAGGAUAAAGUUUCCUACACGGUUCCUUAAACAAAAUAUCACAUAAAGGGCUAAACAAGCCUGACCAGAGCUUCAAUGGGAACCUCAUGUUUCCAUGCAUUUCGCCUUCGAAAAUCGAAGAGCAAACAUUUGGAACUACCUUCCUCGUCAAAGACGCAGCUGAAUUCUGUUAUGGAGAACAUGGAAAAGAAGAGAUUUGAUAGCUUGGAUACAUGGUCAAUGAUUUUGGACUCCGAGAAUGUGGAGACUUGGGAAGUUUCAACGGAGGAUCAAGAGGAGUGGACUGCUGAUCUUUCUCAAUUGUUUAUAGGUAAUAAAUUUGCCUCUGGAGCUCACAGUAGGAUUUAUCGUGGAAUUUACAAGCAGAGAGCUGUUGCUGUGAAAAUGGUGAGGAUUCCAAACCAAAAGGAAGAGACUAGAUCCAACCUUGAGCAGCAGUUUAAGUCUGAAGUAGCUUUGCUCUCACGUCUCUUUCACCCCAAUAUUGUUCAGUUUAUUGCUGCUUGUAAGAAGCCACCUGUCUACUGUAUCAUCACAGAAUAUAUGUCACAAGGGACUCUGAGGAUGUACCUGAACAAGAAAGAGCCAUACUCACUUUCAACAGAAACGAUACUGAGAUUAGCUCUUGACAUAUCCCGAGGAAUGGAGUAUCUUCAUUCUCAAGGUGUGAUCCACAGAGACCUCAAAUCCAAUAAUCUGCUUCUAAAUGAUGAAAUGCGGGUUAAGGUUGCAGAUUUUGGUACAUCAUGUCUAGAAACACAGUGCAGAGAAACUAAAGGAAACAUGGGAACUUACCGCUGGAUGGCACCAGAAAUGAUUAAAGACAAACCGUAUACUAGGAAAGUUGAUGUGUACAGCUUUGGGAUUGUAUUAUGGGAGCUUACAACAGCUUUGCUUCCCUUUCAAGGAAUGACCCCGGUGCAGGCUGCGUUUGCUGUGGCUGAAAAGAAUGAACGGCCUCCACUGCCAGAUAGUUGUCAGCCGGCACUUGCACACCUCAUAAAGCGCUGCUGGGCAGCAAACCCUGCGAAGCGGCCAGAUUUCUGUGACAUUGUUUCUGCCCUGGAAAAGUAUGAUGAAUGUGUUAAGGAGGGCCUUCCAUUAACUUCCCACUCAGGACUGGUCAGCCGAAAUGUCAUUCUUGAACGGUUAAAGGGAUGUGUAUCUAUGAGCUCAUCUGUACCUGUACAUGCCUGACUCUACUAGAAGGUAUUGCUAUUCCUCUUCCCUCUUUAAGAUCAAGAUUACUUUAUAAUAAUUUGUACAUAUUUCAUGCUCUUUUAAUUAUCCAAAGCUAGAGGGUGCUGGUGGCUUAUUAAAGUAAGUUCCAUAGAUUGAUUUAGGAUUUGUACCCACUAUUCUUAUGUUCCCUAUUUGAUUAGUCAGUUUUCACUAUGAAAUUACUCUACAGUGGAAAAGCAAUAUGAAAAGAACUGCCACAACGAUAAUGUAAGUUUGAUAUUGUCUUUGAUCAUAUAAGUAGGAGAUAUCGAAUGGUGGGUCGAACUCGGGGUGCUAUGCCAAGACCAUCACUGUAUCAACAAGGGUGGAACCUCGGAUUCCUUAGUAUAAAUGAUAUUAUUGUUUACUAUGUUGUACUGAUCGAAGAAUUAUUCUUUUUUCUUUUAUUUUAAGAAAACCCC